AAGGCACAUUCGCUAACCGUGUGCAAACAUGAAGGUUCUACUACUUUUCGGUUUAGUUGCGUUCGGCGUCGCUCUACCUACUUUUACCGGUAGGUAUUUAACCUUCGGAGAAGACGGUACGAUCACUCUGAAAAGCUUCAACGGUUACGAAUUGGAUAUUUUCAACAGCCUUGCCAGACCAAGAGUACUUAACGUAGUAGUCAAAACACCCGGAUCGGUACCGAGGACAUUAGAAAUCGACGAAGCAAACAACAUCAAUAAAUUCUAUUCGUACGAAAACUUUAAUCAAUUCGACGCCCUUCGCGCCGUUCUGAAACAUUACGAAGGUACCUUAGACGAAACUUCCUUCUACGCGUUAUUGACGAAAAUUCAAUUUUUGGUACAAGCCGGAGUUUUGGAUCAAACUUUAUUGGAUGUUAUGCGGGAUUGGGAUCUAAAAUGCCGUACGCACCAAGUUAGCGACGUUGUACCGAUACACCCGGAAUCACAAGAUUACGGUCUACACGCAGAAUGGUUCGUAUCUAUUCCAAGCCAUCAACAAUUUUUGGAACAAUACGAUAAUACAGUUUUCGAACAAGAUUCUUUCGAUCGGGAUCUGUAUAAAUGGACCGUUCAACAACAAUGGAUAAACCAACAAGUUGAACAACUUCAUUUAACCGGAACGGUUUCCGAGGAGUUUGUACAAGAGAUAACCGAACGCCAAGCGCUCUUGAACCGCCAAGCUGAAAAAUGUAUCGAAGAUUUGAUUCGUGAACAAUCCGUUGUAACUUACGAAAUUGAAAAUUUACUUCAACAACAACAUUUCGCUUCCAGCGAUCUGGUUAAUAGACAAAGAAUCGUCUACCGACGAAUCCAUCAUUUGAUCGAAAGAUUAACUUACCAAAAAUCCUUCGUCGAUCGGAUGAUCAUACAAAGAGUCCAACGCGGUUUUUCUUCGGUCCAUCGACAAUUUUAUAUUCAGCAUAACGUUCUUUCCGAACAGGUCUACCGUUUGAUCCAACAAAUCUUCUUCCAACACGUCCACGUUAAACGACAAAUCCAAUUUUUCUACCAACAUCAAGAUGUUUUACCUCAAGAAUUGAUCGCCCUCGAGGAAUUGACCUACCGACAAGUAGAAACUUUCAUUCCGGCUUUGAUCCAACACUUGAUUUACCAACAGGAGUAUGUCAGAUACUAUUUCGCUUCGAUUCAUAAAAUGGGAGAAGUAAUUCCCGAAAUAGUUCUUAACCAUUACCUCAAUUUCUACCAAAGAUUACUCGAAUUGACCGUUGAAGGUGAUUUGGUUCCGAAGCAAUUGUAUUAUCAACAGAAGGAGAUCCAUCAACAAAUUGUGCAAUUGGUGAAGGAAAAUCGGGAAAAACAUCUAUCCGGAGAAUUCGCUGACCAAAUGGUUUACCGACCGCGCGAAGAUCUCGAACAGUACCAUCAACUACCAUGGUAUUCGUUCCUCCAAAGACAAUAUCCGUCCGAAUAUAGUCAACAACGUUACGAACAAGAACAGGAAUAUCCCUACCAUCAAUUCUGGUACUUGUUGCCCCAACAAAAGUACGAACGGGAAGGUAUGACCGCAUUCCCCGGUGAUAAUAUUUAUCGUAGAUACCAGACCGUAUACUGAGUAUACUUUGUUAUGUUUUAAAUUUUUCACGUUGUCUAAAUAAAUAAUUCGCAUUUA